CAUCCGUCAGUCAGCAGUCUAUUUUCCGUCUUCGCAUUCGUCGCGUAUUUGGAGUGUCCGUAAUCACAGUAAAUCUGAAAAAGUGAGCAAAAAUCCCUAAAAAAGGGUGAAAUUUUUCUUCCUUCCCAAAUUUCUCUCGGCAUAAGCAUCAAUAUAUCCAGUUGCAAGUGCGAACGUUAGAAAAAUCUUUCGAUAUUUCAGUUCCGCAGCCAAGAGCGAUCAAGGCAAAAGCUUUAUCCGUCCAGCAAGCUGGAAUCCGAGAUUUGUGAACGAACAAUUCACGGAAGUGGCAGGAAAAGGAACGAAGAGAGUUUAGUGUUUUGGUUUUUCGAUUUAGUGUGGCUGCGAAUGCAGCUAGAGUAGCUGACAAAAAAAAACUAUAUAGACAAUGGGAAAGGAACCUUCUUCGUUGUACGAUCUGUGCCUGUUGACUUACGUGAAAAACCUGAACCACAAUGUCGCCAGUCUUGACCGGAUCGUGGAACUGCGGCUGCUACCGACAGCCAUCCUGGCCACCGUAUACGAACAGAUGUGCAACUUCGACUCCCUCAAAGACAUCCUGCUAGUCCAGUUGACGGAUCUGGACACGUUCAACAAACUGAUCAAACAAACCUCGCUCAAACAAAUCAUGUUCAAGUGUGUCCAAACGCUGAUGACGGCUCGACGUCCUAUCGUGACCGAGCUACGCACGAAAUUUUGCCGUGCGACUACGGUGUACUACCUGCAGAAUGCGAAUGCCUCGAACGUUAAGAAUGCCAGCCUGGAGAGCUAUCUGGGUGGUGAUGGUGGUGAGGGUGACCUCACAACAUCCGGUGACUGCUCGGUACCGCCGGAUAUCUGGCGUUUCGUGUGCGCCUUCAUGGAUCAGAUCGACAACGGAGUUCGGCUUGGUUCGUUCCUGUCGGAGUCCGGCUGGCUGGAAGAAUCGCUACAUGUAUUUAACAUCACAAUCGGAAUGAUUCAACUGUUGCGAACCUGCUACAUGCGGUCAUUGAUCGAGUUGAACUGUUUGCAGAAAUUACUAUGUGCACAAACGGCUUUCUGUUGCUUUAAGGAAGCUAGUAUUACCGUGGCCCAAGCGCUUAAUAUUAUCGACAAACUCACUCAGCAGCACCAGCAGCAGAUAAGACAGCAAAGAUGCUCCGCUGUACUAGCUAGUACCAGUGGCGGCGAUUAUGCCGGUCAUCCUAGCGGUAGCAAUGAUAACGACAGUCUUAGUAACAUACCGAACAGUUUGCUGGCCAAUAUGUACCAUCAGAUUUCAGUGCUGCAUUUCUAUCGGAGCGAGUACGAUCUGAGCUACCGGUGGAGCGUUCGGGCGCUGAGACAUGUCAACAAACAUACGCCGGACAAAAUCGUCGUGGACGUCCUGCGACAGAUGGCCAAGUCCUGCGUCGUCAAGCGCCAAUUUCAAUCGGCCAACAUGCUGAUCAAGCAGGCGGUCUGUCGGGCCCGUGCCAGCUUCGGCACUAACCACCAGAAGUACGCCGAUGCCUUACUCGACUACGGGUUCAUCCUGCUGAACGUGGACUCGAUUGCGAACAGUGUAGCGGUGUACUCCGAGGCGCACGAGAUUCUCUGUAGGAUUUUCGGAUCACGCAAUCUGCACGUGGCCGUGGCGCAUGAAGACCUGGCCUAUUGUUUGUACGUGCUGGAGUAUAGCUCCGGGAAGUUCGACGCGGCCACGGCCAACGUCGAGCGGGCGAUCGAUAUUAUGAAGGAACUGGUGCCAUGCAAUCAUCUGAUGUUGGCCUCGGCUAAACGAGUGAAGGCCCUGAUCCUGGAGGAGAUCGCACUGGACACGAUGGCAUCGUCGAUCGAUUAUCAGCGGUGUAAGAAUUUGCUGGAACAGUCGGAGGAAUUGCACCGGUCGGCGCUGCAUUUGUCGUUGGAAGCAUUCGGGGAGAUUAACGUGCAGACGGCGAAACAUUACGGUAAUCUUGGACGGCUGUAUCAGUCCAUGGCGAAGUUCGAUGAUGCCGAACAGAUGCAUAAGCGUGCAAUAAAAAUCAAAACACACAUUCUCGGUCCGUACGAUUACGAAGUUGGACUAUCGAUCGGUCAUCUCGCCUCGCUUUACAAUUAUCAUAUGCAGAAACACCUAGAGGCGGAGGAGUUGUACUUGAAAAGUAUCGAAAUUAGUUUACGACUGUUUGGCGAAUCGUAUUCCGGACUGGAAUACGACUACCGUGGGUUGAUUCAUAUCUAUGAGGUUAUCGGAUCCCAGGCACGUUACGAUCAGUAUUCAAACAUUCUGGAGGAAUGGCGGAUAUUGCGAGAGGAUAAUCAGGUUGUUAAGAACAACUUCCCAACCGAGCUGACGGAGGACACCUCGAUGGAGGAGGUAACUAGAAAGUUUUUUGAAAUGUGUUCAAACAGCACUUGCCUUACGGGGGGCGAUCCGUUGACGGACAGUGCUACUAGCUUAGACCAUAACCAUCACCACCGUGUUGAAGCCGAGGGUGCUCCUCCUGAUAGUGGAGAAAGUGGAAUCGGUGAAGAGUCGGCACCGGACAGUGGUGAAGAUUUACCGGUACCUGCUGCGUCGUCAUCGGCUUCGGCAGAAGAGUUGCUACGGAGCAUGUGAAAACAGUAACAAGUAAGCCACUUUUAAGCGAAAAUAUCCCAAUCAACUAUCAAGACCCUUCAAUUUGCACCUUUAUCUUCGUCGCUAAAUUUUUGUUGCUUUGCGAAGUAAUUCCCGGACGUUUGGCACAAAAAUAACCCGUCCCCGAAAAUGUUGGCUGACAAACUAUUGAUUUUAUUCAUUCGAUACAAUAUUGUGUCCGUUUUGUUGCAAUUGUACAUCACACGACAUACUGAGACGAUCCUAAUUCGUUCUGCAAUCACCUCUAGAUAGAUUCGGUAGAGUUAAAUUUGUUUGAAUUACGCGAGUACCGGCUACCCGCCCAUUGGAAAUGAUUUCACGUAAUGUCAAUGCCACCAACGGUUCAAAACAUCUAUCAAUGUUGUGUCGUGGCAUGAUGGCAAGUUCUUCCGUUGCGUUUGUUAUAGUUUCCAGCUUCGUGUGAUUUUCGUACCGGGUAGCACAAUGCGUUGACAAAGCCAGGUCACUUUGAGUAGAGUUCUACGGAUUAAUCAGACGAAGAAGGAAAAAUCUAUUAAUAAAUAUGCUGUAUUUUAACUAGUUGACUUAA